GGGGCCCGGAAGCGGCUGCCCCGGCAGUCAAGGAGGAUGGCGAGGGGUGGUCGCUGAGGCAGUGAGGGGUGGACUGUGCUGAGGCCGGAGCCGGAGCGGGAUCCGGAGCCCAAGCUGGAGCCGGAACCCGCGCGCCACCAUGUCCACGCAGAGGCUCCGGAAUGAGGACUACCAUGACUACAGCUCCACUGACGUGAGCCCAGAGGAGAGCCCGUCGGAAGGCCUGACCAACUUCUCUGCUCCGGGCUCCUACCAGCGUUUCGGGGAAAGCAACAGCACAACAUGGUUCCAGACCUUGAUCCACCUGUUAAAAGGCAACAUCGGCACAGGACUCCUGGGGCUGCCGCUGGCUGUGAAAAACGCAGGCCUCUUGAUGGGUCCCCUCAGCCUGCUGUUGAUAGGCAUCGUGGCCGUGCACUGCAUGGGAAUCCUGGUGAAAUGUGCUCACCACUUCUGCCGCAGACUGAACAAACCUUUCGUGGACUAUGGGGAUACGGUGAUGUAUGGACUAGAAUCCAGUCCCAGCUCCUGGCUCCGGAACCACGCCCACUGGGGAAGGCACAUCGUGGACUUUUUCCUGAUUGUCACUCAGCUGGGAUUCUGCUGCGUCUACUUUGUGUUUCUGGCUGACAACUUUAAGCAGGUGAUAGAAGCAGCCAAUGGGACCACCAACAACUGCCACAACAACGAGACGGUGAUCCUGACACCCACCAUGGACUCGCGACUCUACAUGCUCACCUUCCUGCCCUUCUUCGUGCUGCUGAUCUUCAUCAGGAACCUCCGGGUCCUGUCCAUCUUCUCCCUGUUGGCCAACAUCUCCAUGCUGGUCAGCCUGGUCAUGAUCUACCAGUUCAUUGUCCAGAGGAUCCCAAACCCCAGUCGCCUUCCUCUGGUGGCACCCUGGAAGACCUACCCUCUGUUCUUUGGCACGGCCAUUUUUGCAUUUGAAGGCAUUGGAAUGGUCCUACCCCUUGAAAACAAAAUGAAGGAUCCUCGGAAAUUUCCACUCAUCCUGUAUGUGGGGAUGGCCAUCAUCACUGCCCUCUACAUCAGCCUGGGCUGUCUGGGGUACCUGCAGUUUGGAGCCAACAUCCAGGCCAGCAUAACUCUCAACCUGCCCAACUGCUGGUUGUACCAGUCGGUGAAGCUGCUCUACUCCAUUGGGAUCUUUUUCACCUACGCGCUCCAGUUCUACGUCCCGGCUGAGAUCAUCAUUCCCUUCUUCGUGUCCCGAGUGCCCGAACACUGCGAGUUGGUGGUAGACCUGUUCGUGCGCACAAUGCUGGUGUGCCUGACAUGCAUCUUGGCUAUCCUCAUCCCCCGCCUGGACCUGGUCAUCUCCCUGGUGGGCUCUGUGAGCAGCAGCGCCCUGGCCCUCAUCAUCCCACCCCUGCUGGAGAUCACUACCUACUACUCUGAGGGCAUGAGCCCUCUCGUCAUUGCCAAGGACGCCGUGAUCAGCAUCGUGGGCUUUGUGGGCUUUGUGGUGGGGACCUAUGAGGCUCUCUAUGAGCUGAUCCAGCCAAGCAAUGCUCCCAUCUCCAUCAAUUCCACCAGUGCCUUUAUAUAGAGAUCUGGUGCAUCCCUUUGCGCCUGUACCCCCACCCCUGUGUGUCCCCCCAGGACCUGCCCCCAGAGCUUUAAGUAUGGUCCAGACUCUGGGGAAAAGCAUGGUCACUGUCUGGAAGCCCUUCACCUGACACCUGAGUAUCCUGGGCCAGGUAAGGCUGAGGACAGGGGAAAGGGUGGCUAGCAGACACACGAGAGGGGCCACUAGUGACAGUGCUAAAACCACUCAUUUAUACUUAUUUUAAGCCAGAACUGUUCAGCUCUUUCCUCAUCCUGCCUGCUCCCCUUACUUCCUGCCUCCCUCCUUCUCACCCACCUCACCAAAUUAGUCCUGUUGCACAGCUCACUUUAUUUAAAAAUUUUAGUGUUCUCCACUUCAUAUUUUAUUCUUUCCUGGGCCAGGCCUAAAUUAAGUACGUGGGAAUGCCUUCUCUUUGUAAAGGCAGGCCUCUUUCUCAUCUCUUUCAAAUAUUGUACCUCAAUAUCCUUUUGCAUAGUUAAGUCCCCAGGGGGAUCUAGACCUACCUAGUCAUUUAAAACCAGCUUCCAAAGCUGGAGUUUUUAAUCUGAACUCUCUCUGGCUUGCUGUGAUCCCUAGGGCAAUGCCUCUCUCAAUUCUGCAGAGUGAAUUACAAAACUCUACUCAUAGUUGUUUUCACUCUUUAAAGAUAUGAAGUGCUGCCUAAAUUGAAAAUAUUUAUAUUUUAUUUAAAAUUGUCUUUUUGUUUUUUAGAUUGUCUAGGGCUGGGGUUGUUAUGAAUUGUUUCUUCCUCAGUCAAUUUUAUUCAGCUUCUCCUGCUGAGAAGAAACUUCUCCAGGAGAUGCAUGCUUAGGUGCUCAGCACUCUUGGCUGAGUACCCCACAGGCUUUAAUCAGGAUUAUCUAAACGUGUACCUCUGUGGAGAGGCAUGGCUUUUGCCUCCUGCUGACCAGUCUAAUUUCAUACUUUGAAGCUAUUGGAGGACUCAGGAACCGUUUACAAGUGCACUAGGCCAAGAGAAAGGGUAGCCCAAUGGGAUGUGGUUCUAUCAAGGGAGGCUUACAAAAUGGUUGUAUUGUGCAUUCAGGCCCGUUUUUCAGCGUUGGCCUGACAGGUGUUUGGUUGCCAUCAUGCUGGGAAGACACAUCUGUUGCCACGGAUGAGAAGCUGAGGGCAGGGUGCACAGAGUUUGAAAUUAAGUUCAGAGAAUUUACAGCGGCUGGUCUGACACUACACAUGGUACUUGGUUGUUUACAAUCAGUGGGGAACCGGUGCCCCACCCCACGCUGCCGCCAUGACCUGGGCUUGGGAAGGAACCACUGAACACUAAUUGUGACCCCUACUUACCCCGGUACACCUCUCCGAGCGCAUACACAGCCUCAGGUCGGCUCCUCACAAGGUCAACCUUCAGAUUGGAGCAAACUUCAGAGGAGGCAGAGGAAGGGGCAUUGCCUUGCUCAGAGCUGCCUCUUUGUCCCUCUUGGUGUGAGGAACGUUUCAGAAGGGCAUUCGUUAACUCCCCAUCUCGUCGGCCGUGUGUUUGUGUGUGUGCGUUUGAACAUAACAGAGUGGGUUUCUUGUCUCCUUCACUUCUGUCACCAGGCUCUUGCUUACCUAGAGACGUGGUUUACCCUGAAAGUUGGUUGAAAGACAGCAGGAAAAUUGCAUCAGAGCUUUAUUUUGUUUUUACCAAAGCUUGUUCAGGCUGCAACCCAUCCUCACAGCCCCAGCUUUUUCCUUUCUCUUCUGUUCCAAAGUCGGUAGAUCUGGCUUCCAGGUGAAGGGACGGGAGAAGUGGACAUUCUCGUUGCAGUGACUCCUAACCUACCUAAUACCUUAUUGACGCAGGAAGUUGUUAUCUCUGUUGACCUGUUUUCCUCUGGGAGAAUGACACUUUUCACCUACUCUCCCUGCUCUUUGGUCUCUAAGGGAUGUUUCUGUGGCCAAGAGUCUCGCUGGGAUUAGCAGAGGCCCUACCUGCUGAAGUCUCAGGGUUAGAAGUUGCCAAAGCAGGCUCAGAAUCUGUCAUGUUUCCAAACUCAGGCUCCAGCUUCCCAGCUGCCAGCCUUGCUGUCCUCCCGUAGUGCUCCUGAGAGUCAUUCGUAGUGAGAAGGUUUUCAGCAGAAGGGAGCCAGGCUUGUGUCCUGCCCACAGCUUCCUCACUGGAGCCUUCUGUGUGCUGGAAGCUGCCAGAGGCAGUCCUGUCCAUGGAGGUCUGAGAUUGGGGCCAUGAUGCUGGGACCUGAGGACUAGAUGGCAGAAUUGAGGUUCUCUGGCCCUGGCUCCCAGCAAAGUGCAAGCUAUUACUUUAAGGCCCCUGGCCCCAAGAAUGUGGUAUGUAGAAGAGCCCUCUCAGGCUAGCUUCCUUUGGAAACUCAUUCAGCAUGGCUGACGCCCUGUGCAAUCUCUUUCCCACGUUCAUGCUGCAUUUAUAGCCUAAUUGUAUGGCUAGUUCAGAGUCCUCCUGUCUUGAGCAGUUGCACAGCUGUCAAGCAUUAAGCAAAGGGCUCCCAGUCAAUGGUGGAGGAAGAAGCCCUCUGCAAGCAGCCUUCCGGGCUUCCUCCAAAUCUCUCCUACUGCCUGCAGGGCUUCUUGGGUCAGAGAGCCUGCCCUGGUGGUGUUUUCCUAUUGCUGGGUGGGAGCUAACUUCCCAGCCUUUCCGUGCUGGCCCUGGUCCCAAGUUAAGUAGAAAUCUCUUCUCAAAGACAGAGCAAAGGCUUUCUGGACUGAGGCUACAUCUGCUGGACCAAAGGCAAAUGGGUUUCUGCCCACGAACUGUUGUGUUCUGUCACUACCCCCAUCUCUGCAGUCAGUCCAGAGGGGGCAUUCUCAGAGCUCUUGUUCUUUAAACACUGCCCUCGGUGGGUAGAAUACCUCCUCCUAAGUGCAGGCACUUGCUGGGAGGAGUGUGACCUGGUGUUUUCCAUUCACUCUGCCUAGGAGUUGUCACCAUUCACGAGUAGCAUUAUUUCUGUGGUGCUGCUGUCCAGCUGCUACGACCACUUCACCCGCACAAACCCUGGCCAGAUGUGUGUGAAUGUGUGGCAAACCUUAGCUUAGACCCUCUCUCUUGUCUCACUGUUCCAGCCAAAUCCCGCGGCUGAUCCUCACUGCUUGCUCCUUGCCCUGUAAAAGGUAAAAUUUGCAGUUUUAUCAAUAGUUUGAAAAUGUUGAUCUCAAACAGAUAUUUUAAAAAAAUUAUUCUCAGGACCAGUGGAUGGCAUAGCGGUUACAUCACUGGACUCCCAUGUAGUCAAUUGUGGUUCAAAUCCUGGACCUG